AUGGAUCACACUGGACAAGUGACCCUGACCCUCAACUUCAACAACGCCAAGGGUGUCAAAACAUGGCUGGAAACGGUACCGACGAACCCCAACCAUGCUGCCAAGGACGACAUGCCGGAUCUCCAGGACUUCACCGGACCUACCACCAUGGACCAAUACCACCAUCCGGACUGUGACUUCCAGGUUCGGCUCAUACCUAACCAUCCCCACUCGGAGGACGGACAACCCUCGGCCCUGGACCUCUACCCGACACACUGGACCGUGGAAUACGAAAGGAGCGAAGCCUGUGAGACGGAAGACACCUUUCGGACUGCGAAAUCCCACGUGGAAAGUGAUAGCAUCGAUUGGAUGGCGGAGGAAGACUUCUCCGCUAGCGACAACUCGGUGGAUAUCAGUGUCUCGGAGGAGUCAGAGUACACGAGCGACACUGACUUCACGUUAAAGGAAACACGGGUUGAGCUAUUUUGGAAAAUACUUGCGGCAGCCGCCCAGGACAAGGAGGAGGAGAAACGAAAGGACGAGGAGGAAUGGAAGGAGGAGGAAUGGAAGGACGAGGAGGAAUCAAGGGAGACAUCACAACCGAACGCACUACACACCCCCUUCGACAUUAACCUGCAACAAGCCUCAUGGUUUCAUAAACUCGACCUAUCCGACGAGGCCGGCUCCAUCAACGAGGAGGACCGCGAAUUCCUCAACAACAACCCAUUCGAAGCAUCGUCACGACAACAAAUUGCACGACAACUCCGAAAGUUGAAACCUUCCUGGUCGCAGCGCCAAACCAAGUCAGAAUUCAUUGUCCCAAAACUCAGACAAUGGAAGCGAGCACUGGCAGCGCGACUGGGGUGA